GCCGUGGCAGCUCAGCAGAGAGGUGAACGAGAUCCCUGCUCAUUGUUGGAAAAUUGUGUGAUGGAGGCCUAGACCCGAUCACGAUCACAGAGAAUUUCACAUGCAACCUCUGACUCAGAACACAGGCAUGAGCCCGGCCUCUGUGACCCUGGCCAGCGCCCUGCAGGUCAGGGGCGAAGCUCUGUCGGAGGAGGAAAUCUGGUCCCUCUUGUACCUAGCUGCGGAGCGGCUCCUGGAAGACAUUCGUGAAGAUUCCUCGGACUAUGUGGUCUGUCCCUGGUCAGCCCUGCUGUCUGCAGCCGGAAGUCUUUCUUUCCAGAACCACAUUUCUCACAUAGAGGCUGCUCCUUUCAAGGCCCCUGAACUGCUACAGGAACAGAGUGACGAUGAACAGCCCGACGCAUCUCAGGUGCACGUCUAUUCUUUAGGAAUGACCCUCUACUGGUCAGCAGGCUUUCAUGUCCCACAAAAUCAGCCUCUGCAGCUCCGUGAGCCCUUGAGCUCCAUUCUGCUGACCAUGUGUGAAGACCAGCCUCGCAGGCGGCUCCCCUUGCAGUCAGUUCUGGAAGCUUGUCGGGUUCAUUGGGAAGAAGUGGCCGUAUACCCAACCUCUGCCGGUCUCCACGUUAGACGGCUGGCUGGCUUGGUUCUGGGCACCAUCUCGGAGGUGGAGAGGAGACUCAUGGAAGAAAGCUCCUUGGCGCAGCAGGACAGAAGCUGCCUGCUCAGGCAUAGGCUGCAUCAGGCGGGCUGCGAGAACACAACAGUAUGGGCCCUGGAGCGUCUGCACCCCUGCAGAGUUUCAGAGAGAAGCACAGAGACCCAGAGCUCCCUGGAGCCCGGUCUGAGCACCUCAGCACCCAGUCACCAUAGCCUCUCUGUUAGCAGUGCUCUUCCAAUUGAAGUUCCCCCAAAUCUUCAGGAGGGACCGCGGCUCAGCUCCAGCACCGCUCUGUCUGUGGCAGCAGAAAUCUCACAGCCGGCAACUCCUUCUCAAAAGGCUUUUCUGCAAAGGAAAGGAAAGUUCUCCAGGCCGGAGUUCGUCUUGCUGGCUGGAGAGGCCCCAGUGACUGUGCACCUGCCUGGAUCAAUUGUGACCAAAAAAGGGAAAUCCUAUUUGGCUCUCAGGGCCCUCUGCGUGGUGCUGUUGAGUGGGCAGUGUCUGGAGGUGAAAUGUGACAUUAUGUCAACGGCAGGAGCUGUCUUCAGUGCGGUCAUGUCUUUUGUCAACCUUGGGGAGCUCACCUACUUUGGCUUGGCUUACAUGAAAGACAAAGAGUUCUUUUUCUUGGACGAUGAAACCAGGCUAUGCAAAAUAGCCCCUGAAGGCUGGAGUGAGCAGCCCCAGAAGAAGACCUCCUCAAAUACCUUCACACUCUUUCUGAGGAUAAAGUUCUUUGUCACUUGCUGUGCACAGCUCCAGAACAGCCAGGCAAGGCACCAAUUUUAUCUGCAGCUUCGGAAAGACAUCCUGGAGGAGAAGCUGUACUGCAAUGAUGAGACGCUGCUGCAGCUGGCGGUCCUUGCCUUACAGGCUGAGUUUGGCAACUACCCCGAGGAGCAGAUAGAGAGUAAAGCUUAUUUUCGAGUUGAAGAUUACAUCCCAGUGAGUCUAAUUGAGAGGAUGACUGCUCUCCGGUUGCAAGUUGAAGUCUCGGAGAUGCACCGUCUCAGUCCUGUGCUCUGGGGAGAGGAUGCCGAGCUGGAGUUCUUGAGGGUCACUCAGAAACUCCCAGAAUAUGGUGUGCUGGUUCACCGAGUCCUCCCAGAGAAGAUGACACGAGAAAGGGAGAUGGCCUUGGGGAUCUGUGCCAAGGGCAUCAUAGUGUACGAAGUGAAAAACAACAGCAGAAUUGCAACUUUACGCUUUCAGUGGAGAGAAAUUGGCAAGAUUUCUACUUGUCGAAAGAAGUUCACCAUCACAAGUGGCAUCACUGGGAAAAAGCACACGUUUGUCACUGAUUCAGCCAAGACCUGUAAAUAUUUACUGGGACUCUGCUCUGCCCAGCAUGGAUUUAAUGCCCAGAUGAGCUUCCUGCCAGUUGCAGCUGUUUCAGACCAUGAUAAGUGUGUGCAAAUGGCCAAUACGAGUCUUGCACACCUGGCCCAGUCUCAGCCUCUCACUUGGAUUCAGCGGCUGUCGGACUCGGAAAACGCGCUGUUCACACCCGCACCCGGGCCGGAAGCCACUGCAGGGGGCCUGCGGCGCUUGUCUCUGGAUAACUUCACUUUGGAAACCAGCAAGGAGACUGCGGCACGGGGGAUCCGAGGCAGCCCCUGCAUGGGUCGGGAGCAGCUGGAGACCAUCUCUUUGAUCCAGAAGCCGACGACUCGUGACCGUCUCUCCGGGCCACCUGUUCCCAGCGUGCACAGGGAGCCACAAAGUAACAGGAGAAAGAGCUUUAUAGCUGAGCCAGAACGAGAAAUCGUGCAUGUGACACUGCGCCGGGAUCCACGUCGUGGUUUUGGUUUUGUCAUCAAUGAGGGAGAAGAUGUUGGCAAAGUUGACCCUGGCAUCUUCAUAUCUUCUAUUAUACCUGGGGGACCAGCUGAAAAAGCUAAAAGGAUCAAACCAGGAGGGCAGAUUCUAGCCUUGAAUCACAUCAGUCUGGCGGGCUUCACGUUCGACAUGGCUGUUAGAAUGAUUCAGAAUUCUCCCGAGAGCAUAGAAUUAACCAUUUCUCAGUCAAAAGGUAUUUGUGGAAAUACCCCAAGUGAGGAAAAGAAUAGCCCAGCCAAUUCUGGGGUCUUCUCUACAGACAGCCCAAGCAACGGGCACCUGGGAAGUUUUUCAUCACGCGCACAGGACCAGGAGAAAAAUACCGAAGAACUGGAAAUGGCUCAGACUCAGAGCUUACUGCCCAGGGGGCAGGAUGCUGGUACGUCUUGUCCUCCACCACCUUCAGAAAUCAAUGCCAGUGAAAUCUACUUUGUGGAACUGGUUAAAGAAGAUGGGACACUUGGAUUCAGCGUGACUGGUGGCAUUAACACAAGCGUGCCCUGUGGGGGUAUCUACGUGAAAUCCAUCGUUCCUGGAGGGCCAGCUGCCAAGGAAGGGCAGAUCCUGCGGGGUGACCGGCUCCUGCAGGUGGACGGAGUGAGUCUGUGUGGCCUCACCCACAAGCAGGCUGUGCAGUGCCUCAAGGGUUCUGGGCAGGUUGCAAGACUGGUCUUAGAGAGAAGAGGCCCCAGGACCACACAGCAGUGUCCUUCUGUUAAUGGCAGGAUGGCAGACGGAUGCACGGCUGUUUCCUUGGCAACAGCCUUGCCCGGCAGGCCUGCGAGCUGUGUCUCAGCGACAGAUGGUCCUAAGUUUGAAGUCACUCUGAAAAAGAAUGCCAGUGGCUUGGGAUUCAGCUUCAUGCAGAUGGAAAGAGAGAGCUGCAGCCAUCUCAAGAAUGAUCUGGUGAGAAUUAAGAGGCUUUUCCCAGGGCAGCCGGCUGAGGAGAACGGGGCCAUUGCAGUUGGUGACAUUAUCCUGGCGGUGAAUGGAAGGCCCACAGAAGGCCUCGUCUUCCAGGAGGUGCUCCAUUUACUGCGAGGGGCAUCACAGGAAGUCACGCUCCUACUUUGCCGACCCCCUCCAGGUGCACUGCCUGAGAUAGACCAGGGAUGGCAGACACCUGUGCUCUCAGCAGACAAAGAAUUCAUCAGGGCAACUUGCACUGACUCUGAGCAGAGCCCGAGUCUGGAUCAAGAGGACAGCCGGAGGGACAGUGCCUCCCCAGACACAGGGGAAAGCUUGGGUCCCAGGCCCGAGUCUUUCCAAAAGGCCACUGGCAAGGCACAAUGGGACCAGGACAUAGAGAGACCCUGGGCCACUUCCUCGAUGCGUCGUCAGGAUUCCCCCCCUCAUUUAUGCAGACUUCAGCAAGAAAUGGAUGCAUCCACAUUGGCCACCUCUUUGGAAAGGGAUAUGAGGCAAAACUGCUAUUCGGUUUGCGAUAUCAGGGGACUUGAAAGUCCUGAAUUGGACAGGGAUGAUGAGGAAGGGGACAUGUGCCAUCUACCUGAAGCCACUUCUCCCACUGUGGAAAAUGAAGCCUAUCUUACCAUCAACUCUGCAUGGGAAGGCCAGCUACUCUGUGAAGAAUGUUUGGAGGAAGAUUCAGGGACCAUUCCCUUGCCACAGUUCUGUUCUUGGAGUGCCCUCUCGGAGUCUUUGCCUGCAGAAGAGGCUUGUGAGAGUGACAGUGAAUGGGAAGACCUGGAGGAGGCUGUGGACCCGGAAGAUGGCACCCUCAGGUGAACAGAGAAAGUUGGACAGUCACCCAAGGCAGAACCCAAGGUUUCUGCAUACACAUCCUUUUGACAGUGAUCACAUGGAAGAGGCCUCAGAUGCCCUCAGUCCGGAGAAUGUACGCACGAGCUCUACAACCAGGAAAGAAGCCUGUGGGUCCCCGAGAAGGCAACAUGGAAUGGAGGGUCUGGCCCAGUUGAGAACUAACUUCAAGAAGAUCACGCCUGUCAGUUCUGAGACUCAUUUUGAAUAGUGGUCAUGACCUCUCCUCGGUUCUGGGGUUUAUGUCCAAUAAAGCUUGGUGUGUGUGUGCGUGCGUGCACAAGUGCGCUCGCAAGGGCUUCCCCUUGUGAAAGGAUUUGAGAACCAACCACCUAUGUCAAGAUAAGCCAGCCCAGGGUGAGGUCUCGCUGCUGCCCUGGUACACACCUUCUGGGACAGAUGCAGUGUUCCAGUUUCCACUUUUUAGUUCUCCAUUGGUUGAAGGAGUUUCCAUGGCCUUCAAAGUGCUGUCAGUUCCCUCAAGGGAAUCUGCUGAGAGACGGCUCAAAGGCCAUGGGAGUAAUGUGUUUUGACAUCUUUCUGUGUUCCUCCUGUGCAACUCCAUAUGGUUGUAGAUUCUUUUAAAAGCAUUUUCCUUUUGAACUCCACAACCUGAUCCUAAAGAUUCUAUGAAGGAAAAAUAAGAUGGGAACAUGUAAUAAAAAAGAAAGAGCAAAGUGGUAGAUCCGGCAUUAUCAGAUAUUAUGAUAUAUAGCCACGGCCAUAGUAAGAAGCUAAUGUUAUGUGGGAUUAGCUGGGGGACACAGUGUGCGCCAAGGAACACGCUUAGCAUGACACAAGAGGGGAUACGUGGCAGUCAGCAUUUCAACAUGGGGAAGGAAGACGCCUUCACACACAUAACUGGAAAAGAGGAUUUGAUUCAAAUCUCACUUCAUCUAUUAAAAUUACAGACCGUUUGAUUAGGAAAAAAAAAGCAACACAGAGAAAAGCUGGUGAAAGCAGAUUCUAGUCUCACCAGAUCUACACAGGAAUAACACACUUCUUCUGGCCUACAGCAAUAAAAAAACAUAACAAGGAAGAACUACAGAGUUGACAGUAUUGAGAACGUAAAAACUUCUGUGCAGCAACGACAAAAUUAAUGUAGAAAUAGGUGCAAUGGAUGGGGAAGCACUUAACAUAAUUGUGAAUAAAGAUUAAUACCUAUAAUAUUUAGAAAUCCCAUUAUAGUUUAUAAUAGAUUAAUGAAGGAUUUCAGUAGCUGGUGUACACAAUAAAAAUGCAAAUGGUG